CAGCGCGAGUGUAUCAGCAUCCAUGUCGGGCAGGCGGGCGUGCAGAUGGGCAACGCCUGCUGGGAGCUCUACUGCCUUGAGCAUGGCAUCGCCCCCGACGGCACCAUGCCCUCGGACAAGACCGUGGGCGAGGGGGACGACUCCUUCAACACCUUCUUCAGCGAGACGGGCUCCGGGAAACACGUACCGCGCGCCAUCUUUGUUGAUUUGGAGCCGUCGGUCAUCGACGAGGUGCGAACUGGCGCGUACCGUCAGCUGUUCCACCCCGAACAGCUGAUCACGGGCAAGGAGGACGCGGCCAACAACUACGCCCGCGGACACUACACCAUCGGCAAGGAGAUCGUCGACAUCGUCCUCGACAAGACCAGGAGACUCGCCGACCAGUGCACGGGUCUUCAGGGCUUCCUCGUGUUCCAUUCCUUCGGCGGCGGCACUGGCUCCGGCUUCACCUCCCUGCUGAUGGAGAGGCUCUCGGUCGACUACGGCAAGAAGAGCAAGCUGGAGUUCGCCAUCUACCCGGCUCCUCAGGUGGCCACAGCAGUCGUCGAGCCCUACAACGCCAUCCUCACGACGCACACCACCCUGGAGCAUUCCGAGUGCGCCUUCAUGGUAGACAACGAGGCCAUCUACGACAUCUGCAGGAGGAAUAUGAACAUAGAGAGGCCGACGUACACCAAUCUCAACCGGCUCAUUGGCCAGAUUGUGUCUUCGAUCACUGCCUCGCUUAGGUUCGACGGCGCCCUCAACGUGGACCUGACGGAGUUCCAGACCAACCUGGUGCCCUACCCCAGGAUCCACUUCCCGCUGGUCACCUACGCCCCCGUCAUCUCCGCCGAGAAGGCCUACCACGAGCAGAUCUCCGUCGCGGAAAUCACCAACGCCUGCUUCGAGCCCGCUAAUCAGAUGGUGAAGUGCGACCCCCGCCACGGCAAGUACAUGGCCUGCUGCCUCCUGUACCGCGGCGACGUCGUGCCUAAGGAUGUCAACGCCGCCAUCGCCACAAUCAAGACCAAGCGCUCCAUCCAGUUCGUGGAUUGGUGCCCCACCGGGUUCAAGGUGGGCAUCAACUACCAGCCUCCGACAGUCGUCCCCGGCGGAGACCUCGCCAAGGUCGCUCGCGCCGUGUGCAUGCUUUCGAACACCACCGCCAUCGCCGAAGCGUGGGCGCGCCUCGACCACAAGUUCGACCUCAUGUAUGCCAAGAGGGCGUUCGUGCACUGGUACGUGGGCGAAGGCAUGGAAGAAGGCGAGUUCUCCGAGGCCCGUGAGGAUCUGGCAGCCCUGGAGAAGGACUACGAAGAGGUGGCCAUUGACAGCCUCCUGGAGGGCGAGGAGGAAGGCGGGGAUGAGAUGUAAAGAGGCGGAGUGAGAAGACGGAAGUAAAUGUUUAAAAAGAAGAAGGAGAAUAAUGAUGAAAUAAAAGUUAAAAAAAAAGUGAAUUCGAGGAAGAAUUCGGUGGAUUGCACUAUUCUUCCCUCCUCCCCCCCCCUUAUGCAUUUGAUUUCUUCUUUUUUUUUUUCCUUAGGUUUCGUAACGCUUUAUUUAUCCUUCUCUUUAUCUUUCAUUAUAUGAAUCUCUUGCGUAAUAUUUGAUGAACUCGAUCUCAUAUAUUAAUGGCUGCUGUUAUCACUUCUCUACACAAAAUAAUAUACGUAUGAAUGUAUCUUAACAAGACUCACCCAACUUCUAAAUUCUAAUGGCAUCCUUUAUUAUUUUUUAUCACUUUUAACCGGACUCCUAUGUGGGGGGGAGGGGAGAAUGAUAAAUAAGAAAAAAAUGUGAAAAAAAUCAAGAAUUGUGAAAUAAAAAAGGAACCAGCUUUGCGCAUGCCACUUACAACGACCGUCUUUUUUAAAAAAUGGAGUAUUCUCACUCCUCUCUUUUUUUUUUUCCUCGUGUCCUUUCUCUCUCCUCUAUAGUAAAAAACAAAAACGAAAUAUAACGUAAAGAGAUUAAAAAGUCCAACAAGCGACACAAUAAAAGUAUUUAGAUGAUAUCGAAAUACAGCUUGUGUGUGUUGUUUUUUUAAAAAUGAACUUGGUUUUAAUUUAUCAAUUACAACGUUCUAAUCUGUCUAUCCAAACAAUGCUUAGAUCGAUGUUUUGCUACUUUUUGUAAAAGUGAAAAGGGAAAAGGCUCACCAACAAACGCCAAUAAAUGCACUAAAGCACGAA